UAAUACUUGUAAUAAUGAUAUUAAUAGCAUUUGUAAAACUUGUGGUAAUGAAACUGAUAAUGCUUGUAAUAGUGCUUGUAGUGGUAGUAAUGAAGCUAAUGGUGCUUGUAGUAGUAGUAAUAUUGGUAGUAGUAAUGUUGUUGGUGAUAAUAUUGCUGGUAAUAAUAUUGCUAGUAGUAAUGUUGCUAGUGGUAAUAUUGCUGAUAGUAACAUUGCUAGUAGUGAUGUUGCUGGUAGUAGUAAUAAUAUUAUAAGCAAUGAUUUUAAUGAAGACGAAUAUAAUCUUCUAGAU